AUCCAUGCGGACGUUUCGCGUAAUGGGAUUUUCUGUUCGGGGCUGGGGAUCCUUAAAAUUACUAUACCAUUUUAAUGUGACGCUCAACAUUACAAAAGAACGAAACAUACGAGGAGCAAAGUGUAAAUAUCAAUUGUUGAAAAUCCAAGGUGAACUAAAUGAGCAUGGGCUAAGAGAAUGAAUGAAUAAUCAGCAUUGCCAUGUGGAAGCGUUGGCGGUUAGAGUCUGAACGAACCACUGGAUACAACUACAAAAGCAGCAUGGGUUCGAGUCAACAGUUUUCUCUUAGGUGGAACAAUUAUUUAAAGCACAUUACCUGUGCGUUCGACACGUUAAGGACAGAAGAAGAUUUGGUCGAUGUGACUUUAAGCUGCGAAGGGAAGAGGAUAAGAGCGCAUAAAAUGCUUUUGUCUGCGUGUAGCACGUAUUUCAGGGAUUUAUUUAAGGAAAAUCCAUGUCAGCAUCCAGUUAUAAUUUUCCGUAACGUAAAAUUCGAUGAUUUGGCAGCGUUGGUUGAUUUCAUGUAUCAAGGAGAGGUAAACGUGGUUCAGGAACAAUUAGCUAGUUUUCUAACAACUGCAGAAUUAUUAGCGGUA